GAGAGAGAGAGAGAGAGAGAGAGAGAGAGAGAGUGUGUCUCUCUCAAUUUUCACGAUCCUGUACGAUUAUCGUUACAGUGAUACCAGUAGUGUUCCACCGUGGACACCAACGCGGUAUGCAGUUACGCAUUUAUAUCCUAGCCUGUCUCCUAUUAAAGGGGCUGGCUCGAGCCGAGGAAGUCGAGGUUGUGGAGGCGAUCCCGGGAGAAGAUAAUCGAAACGAGAAUUCAGCAUUGAAUCAUCAAGAUAACGAGUUAAUUAAUUCCGAUCAAUUAGCUUUGGAUUCCAUAGCGGAUAAGGAUACGGGAGGAAACCAUUAUAAAUCGGGUGGCCUUCGAGGUCAUCCUUUAUUACCACCGGGUCGAGGUGCAUUGAGUUUACCGCGUCCGCAUCAUAAUGUCGCUUACCAUGGCCCACCGCCGCCAUUGCCGCCUUCUAAAGCGCAAUCGGAAGCUAUGGAUAAGAUCUAUACCACGGGCGGCGGAGCCAGUACCGCGGUUGGCGUCGAACCUUGGCCGGCGCCGACGCCCGAUAUGCCGAAGAUCGUGUCGCUGGAUGUGAAAUGCGAGAAGAGUCUGAUGAAGGUCUAUCUGGGUUUCGACAAGCCGUUCUACGGCAUAGUCUUUAGUAAAGGCCACUACAGCAAUAUUAAUUGCGUACACCUGCCUGCGGGACUUGGUCGCACAUCCGUCAACUUCGACAUCAGCAUACACGCGUGCGGUACGGCCGGCAAUACGGAGAAUGGAUUGUACGGUUACGGCGCCGAAUCUGGAUCCGGGACGUUUUUCGAAAACAUCAUAGUGGUACAAUACGAUCCUCAGGUGCAAGAAGUCUGGGAUCAGGCGCGCAAACUGCGCUGCACUUGGCACGAUCUGUAUGAGAAAUCGGUCACCUUCCGUCCGUUUCCCGUGGAUAUGCUGGAUGUGGUUCGCGCGGAUUUCGCUGGUGAUAAUGUCGGAUGCUGGAUGCAGAUACAAGUUGGCAAGGGACCGUGGGCUUCCGAGGUUUCGGGGCUUGUCAAGAUCGGUCAGACUAUGACGAUGGUACUCGCGAUUAAGGAUGACGAUUCCAAGUUCGAUAUGCUCGUGAGAAAUUGCAUGGCUCACGAUGGCAAACGCGCCCCGAUACAACUGGUGGAUCAGCGAGGCUGUAUCACGCGACCUAAAUUGAUGUCUAGAUUUACAAAAAUCAAGAAUUUCGGCGCUUCGGCGUCCGUGCUGUCGUACGCUCAUUUCCAGGCGUUCAAGUUUCCGGACUCCAUGGAGGUACACUUUCAAUGUACCAUACAGAUAUGUCGGUAUCAAUGUCCGGAACAGUGUUCGGAAUCGUCGUCGCUUUUGGAGAGUCAGGGUCUUCUAGAGAAUCACCAUCAUCAUUCCCCGACGAAUGAACAUCCUGACGUCGGAUACGGUCUUCCGCCACCGAUCCCGCUGCCGUUGGAGGCUUAUUUACAGGCAGCGGCUGGACGGCCCCGAGACGAAAGGAGAAGAAAAUCCCGAGAGAUAGUGCACAAUCCGCAAAAGGCCGUUGGUGUGAAUCGAAUUAUUCGAGUUGUCUCGACCGGUGACCUGACCUUUUCCAUCGAUGAGAACAACAACAGCGAACUGAAUGGACCAACGAUGGUGUUCCCGCAACGUCACGAAAAUACAGCCAGCUCGACCAUGAUCUGCAUGACCACUCCUGGAUUUGCGAUUACUCUCAUCGUGCUACUCGCCGUUCUACUUUCCUCGUGCGUGUUGUCCGCUUAUCUUUUUAUGCGUCUCAGGCCCUUCUCGGCGAGGACCAGGAAAUCCACGGCGUUUUCUAACGUCGAACAGAAUGGCGCGACGAAGAAAUCUUCGAGAACAUGCUUCUACUCAUAGAAAUAUUUGUCCACGAGUCAUCUCGAAUUUCGGUGAUUCCGAUAUCUCAAUUCUGGAAGAGGGACCGUCGAAUUUCAUUUGGUCCUCUUCUUCAAAACCGGUUUACAUGGUUUCCUGGGCGAUAUCGUUGACACGUCGUUGGAGGUCAGCACUUCCGUAAGACGAAUGCGAAUCGUGCAGAGAAAAAGAAAUUAGUCUUAGCGAAUACAACUUUGUCAAGACAAAAAAUUAGCGGUAAACGGAUGGAAAUUGUUUGUAUUAUUUUCAAUAUUUUUUUGGCCAUUAACUGACAGUAUUUUUUUGUAUGUAUAUUUUACAUGUAUUCAGAAUUUUGAGCGAGUCGUGCACAUAUAGCGGAACAUUUUUUACCAGAAGGCCAGGAAGGGAAUUUAUGUAGACUGGUCUUCGAAAUUGCGAAUCUUCAGGUUUCAUAGAGGCUAUCGAGUGUCGCAAGCACGACUCUAUAUAAAGGCUACGUUUUCUUAACGUGGUAGUAUCAGCGGCAUUAUUUUACAAUAAAUUGUAGUACUCGUGCCGUUUUCGUUUAACGCGUAUUAUGGUCUCUAUAUAGAGUUGUGCUUCGUCAUAAUGAAACUUAAGCUCAGGCCUUUAUAGGCAAAAACAUAGGCGAUACGCCGAAGAUUUAGUCAAAGAUAAUCAAACCUAUUUCUGCGUUUAUUAUUUAUCAAU